AUGGAUAUGGCAUCCCCUUCUCCUUUCACUGUCUUAUCACAAAUCAAUGCAACAUCCAAUGGCAAAAACAGAGCCUGUAAUGAUUCUGGCAAAGAAGAAGAAGUGCUUAUUUUUGCAAUCUUCACUAUACUUUUCUGUGUGUUGGGAAUGUUGGCCAACGGCCUCGUGAUCUGGUUGCUGGGCUCCUCCGUUAAGAGGAACACUUUUGCCAUUUAUAUUAUCAACCUUUCUGUUGCAGACUUUGGUUUUCUCACCUUUGAGCUGAUUAUCGAAAUCCACUGGCUUUUUACACGUCUGUAUUGUAACUUUCCCUACGAACUCUUCCAAAUGAUCCUGCGGUUAAUGUACAGUGCGGGACAAUUUCUCCUGACAGUCAUCAGCAUCGACAGGUGUCUUUCGGUCCUCUUCCCAAUUUGGUAUCGAUGCCACCGGCCGGUGCACAUGUUUACGACCGUGUGUGCUGUCAUCUGUGCCGUUUCCUUCAUCCUCUCUUCAAUUCUCUUCACAAUUAUAACAGUUCUUAGAUUUGGAAACAGUUGGGUGAUAUAUCAGUUCAUCGUUAACAUUGUGCUUUGUCUCCCACUGAUGACCAUCUCCAGUGUCACCUUAUUUAUCAAAAUCUGCUUCGUAUCCAAAAGCCAAAGGCGGAGGAAGCUUUUGACAGCUAUUUUGCUCACGCUUUUCUUCUUUUUAGUCUUGGCUUUUCCACUAAAUGCCUUUUAUUUUAUCCGGUAUGUUUUCGAACACGUACAUCCCAACCUUGUGCAUUAUGGCUACUUAUGUGCCUGCAUCAAUAGCAGCAUUAACCCCAUGAUCUAUUACCUGGUGGGGAGACAGAAGGAUAAAACUCAGAGAAGCAUGAAAGAAGUGCUUCAGAGAGUUUUCAAGGAGGAAGAAAAUUGUACUGAUCAAAUGUAA